UGUUAGUUCCUGUAAAAAUUAAAAUUCAAAAUACAUAAAUAUGGCCGAACAGUCAACAGCAAAGUCAACUAUUGUAGCUAUUACAAGUGAUCAUGUCGAUCGCCUAUUUAGCAAGUGGACAAGCAUGUUUGAUGAGAAAUAUUGUCUGGAAUUGAUGGACAAAUUGGGAGACCGCGUGAAAAAUUUCUAUUGCGACUUGCUGAACGAAUCAAAUGAGAAAGAACAGCUAAUUAUGGACGACAUCAGUGCUCUGCGAGAGGAGGCCGCAGAGAUCCGUCGCCUCUUGCACAAAAACUUGGAUAUUGGCGAAAAACCCGAGGAAAUGCCGCUGGACGUUUGGCUGCAAACGCUGGACAAGAGCAUUGAACAUCUGCGAGGGGAGCUACGCGAACGUCGAGCGGAAAUUUGUGAACUGCUGCUGCAGCAAGAUCAGCUCUGCGAAGAGCUAGGUGAGUGUCCGCUGCCACUGCUCGCCGAUCCACUUCCCAAGCCAGAUGAAAUGUCGUCCUUUUGCAAGCAUCUCGAGCAUCUGCGGGCAGUGCGCGAACGCCGCAUGGAGGAGCUCUUCCAGCUACGUAGUCAGAUCAAGCAGGACAUGAUGCUGCUCUCUAUAAUGCCAACCACUCCCGCAGAGGAGCAUUUACUUAGUCAUUCGAAUCAGCAUCUUACGCCGAAUAUCUUGGAGAAGCUCAGGCUCAUGCAAAAGGAGUUUGCCGCACAGGUUCAAGAAAUGCGCGAACAGAUCGACGACAUGCGCGGCAAGAUUUACGAGCUGUGGGAGCGUCUGCAGGAGUCGGAUGAGUAUAUCAUGCGGAGAGUGCGCUCUGCCGUGGAUUAUACGCAAGCCACAUUCGAUGUGUUGCGCGAGGAACUGCAGCGCUGCCAGGCGCUGCGUCGCAAGAAUCUGAAGACCUUUAUCGAACAACUGCGCCUGGAGAUCAAGAAGUGGUGGGACUUGACACUGAAGUCGGAACAGGAGCGAAAGCGAUUCUCCAAUUUUUUUAAUGAGUGGUACAACGAGGACUUGCUAGAGCUGCAUGAGCUUGAGCUGGAUGAUCUGAAGAACUUUUACACUAGCAACAAAGAGAUAUUUGAGCUAUUUGCGAGUCGCUCUGAGUUUUGGGCCCGAAUGGAGGCCCUCGAGGCCAAGGCCAACGAUCCGAAUCGAUUCAACAAUCGUGGUGGUCAGCUACUUAAGGAGGAGCGCGAAAGGAAGGCAAUUGGGACCAAAUUGCCAAAGAUUGAGCAACAGAUCACAGAGUUAGUGAAAGCGUAUGAGAUGCGUAAUCAGUGCCCAUUUUUGGUCUAUGGCGAGAAUAUACUGGAUCGUAUGGCCAACGAUUGGGUGCGCCUUCGGCAGGCCAAGGAACAACAGAGCUCUGCACGCAAGCAAGGAGGAGCUACAACCAACGGAAAAAUGUUGCCACCUGUAACACCUGGGUCGACGGCUCCACGAACCCCCCUGUCGUUGAGGAAUAUGUCGGCAAUGUCCAGUUCAACGAUGUCUUUGCGCAAGACUCCGUCCACUCUGCAGUUGUCCUCGAUGGCGAGCUCCGCAGCCAAGACCACAGGUAAUCUGCAUAAGAGGAAGCUGCCCAAUGGCGAAAACAGUUCCAGGGAAGAGACUCCAACUGCCAAGCGGAGUCUGAUGAGAGCAUUGAGCACGCUGAAGCCGUCGCCAGCAAUGCGAAAGCCCAACCAGCGACUAGCUGUCGUCCAGCAGAAGCCAAAAAGGUCGCCCAUGAAGAAGGUGCUCGUCUUGCAGAAUACUUUGCGUUGCAGCUCGGGUGUGGGGCGUCGUAGCGUGGGCCAAUCCGGCAAGAAGCGUCGCAGUAAAUUGGACAUACCCACUAUUUCAUAUCCAUCUACCAGCGAUGAACAGGAGCAGGAAAAGGAGCAGCAGCCAGAUCCCGAGGAUAUCGUCAAUUACAAUAAGUUUGCGCCCAAAGUUCGUUCGUCCGAACUGCCACGAGCAUUGACCGCCUCGCGUCCAGCUUUUGUGACCAACAAAGACCAGAAACAGUACGCGCGCAAGGAUCUGAACGAGGACCUUGCGCAAACGGUAGAGCUGCCAGAGCCCAGACGUAGCAGAAUGUGGCAGCUCAAGCCUAAGAAAUGAAUGUACUUAUUCCAUUCAAAAUCUAUUUGAUAUUUAAAAAUUUAUUGCUUUUAUUUUAUUGUUGUAACUAUUUGAAGUAUUUUCGAGACUUUAUUCAAAUGCUUUGUGUCUAUAUAUAUAUAUAAACGGAUUUCUAUGCAUAUCGAUUAAUAUCUAA